UGUCAUAUAAUUUGUCUCAGCUGUUUACUGUCACCUGUCACCUAAUAUUUUCAAAAAGUUCUCCCUGGGAAUUAAAACAAACUAAAUUUGGGUGCAAUAUGCCAGAAAACGAGGCCCGAAACACUUUCGAAGCCUUCUUCUUCGCCUUAGGGCGCGCCAUAGACGGCCCGACCACCUGGUUUAAAGAAAAAGUAGUCGAACCCAACCAGAAGCAGUAUCCAUGGUACCACCAAAAGUUUAGGAGAGUGCCCACCAUUGAUGAAUGUUACACUGAUGAUGUAGUUUGUGUUUAUGAAGCUAAUGCACAGUAUAGACGAGACAGACUUGUAGACACUGAAAUUGUUGCUAUUUUGCGUGACCGUUUAGAGGCUUGCGUUAUGUAUGAGAGACCUGACCAUAAAUUAAAGUGCCAAGAGGUUUCUAGACAGUAUGAGGAAGCCGCUGCUAAUUGGUUUUGUAAAUAUGGUGAUUUAGGCGCAUAUCAUGAUGCGAAAAAGGCCUUUAUGAAGCAAAAACAUAGAAUGAUAUGGGAGCGCAGGCAUGGCCCUGUUGGUUCAGGAAUGAAACAAAAAGAACAAGAGGAAUAAAGUUUUGUUCAAUUAUGGUAGUGAAUGUAUUGUUUUUUUUUCUGAAAGUUAGAAAUAGAGAUUUGCCAAAUGGGUUUUCCAUUA